AUUUCGCUGAGCUUUACAGCAAGCGCAAGAUAUUUACAUACACCUAACUCUCGCAAAUGAUAAAAGAAAAGAAAGGCAGAGUCGUUCAAUCUCAUCGUAUAAAAAUUCUUCUAGUCGUAGUUCUUCCAGUAGUUCAUCAGAAGACAGGAGGUUCAAAGAAUCUCGUCAUGAUAGGAAGAAACACAAGCAGCGUAGUCUUUCUUCUGACAGUAGAGAAAAACACAAUAAAAGACGCAGGAGAUCAAGAAGUUCUUCUACCUCUACUUCAGAUUCAUCAUCAAGUCCAAGUCCAAAGAGAAAGAAGAAGAAAAAACAUAAAAAGAAAAAACAUAAGAAAGAAAAAAAGAAAGAAAAGAGCAAGGAAGCAGGGCAGACUAGUGGACCAGUUCAGCUAUCAAAGUUUAUAAAAGAAAGAAAAGAUUCAAGGAGUGCAGUGUCAGGUCACAAAAUAAAACUGAAGGUCAAAAAGACCAGUAAAGACAAACAGCGUGAUAAGAACAGAGAAAAAUUACUGGAUUUCCUUAAUUCUACUAUGUAACUCCAUCCAACACAAUGUGACUGAAUAGUAAUAUGCAAAACUGUAAUGAUAUUAUGUACAUGUUUCUGGUUUGAGCAGUGAAAAAGUGAUGAAAGAACACCGAGAAGACAACAUGCCAUACAUGCACUCCUAGAGUACUUCUACCAAAAUCUUUCUGUACAUAUACGAUGAGAAGUUAUUUAUUAAUCGAAUAGAAAAACAGAUGUUGUCAGUUCGUACAAGUUUUUGUAUAACAUGACUAUAAUGGCAGAUACCCCGGUAAUAGUAAAAGGAAUCAAACAUGUUUGUUCUUUUUAAGAUGCAUGCAACUAAAAAAUGCUUUAAUUACAUUGUUUAUUUCUUUCUAAAAAUAGAA